AUGCCCAUCAGACCCCGCCUCGCCGCGCACGGGCGCAGAGCUCGCCCCGACUCCUUGCGGCCCGGCCCGGCCCGGCUCGGCCCGGCGCUGCCCCGGCCCCCCGCCCCCCGCGCCGGGUCCUCCCCUCCCCCCGCCCGGCGGCCCCAGCCCCCCGCCCGGCCCGUCUCCGCGCCGCUCUCCCGCCCUCCUCUCUCCCUCCCUCCCGGCCGCGGAGCAGCAUGGCGGAGCCCGGGCAGCGGCCGCGCGGCCGCCCGCCGCCCCUCUGAGCCGGGCUUGGGGCAGCGGGCGCCCCAGACCCGACCCCCGCCCUGCCGCGCCCUCCGCCGCACUUGUCCCACUGCGCGCCCCCUGGAGCGCCGCGCACCCCUGGGACCUUUGCGUUCUCCGGGUGCCCAGCAUAACCCGAGAGCCUUGCGCACCCCGGGAUUCGGUACUGCCCCGGAACCCUGCGUGCCCCUGGACCCCUACGCAGCUCGGGGACCCCCGCGCGCCCCAAGACCCUGCGCGCCCUCAGAACCCCCGGGCUCGGCCAACAGGGCUGCGCGCCCUAGUGAGGGGGGCCCCGCCCCAGAGGGUCCCCCUCUUCCAACAGUCGGAGCCCCGCCCCAGAGGGACCCCCAGGUCUGA